GAAAGUGUUACCAUGUCAUAUUGCUACUAUGUAAAGCUCGGGUAAGAAAUAUUAUGGGACCAAGCAUCAUGAAUAACGGAAAAUAUCUCAUUUCAUCUCUCCAAAGCACUAUAUAAUUUCCAUCCUCCUCCCAACAACGCAUCCUCAUCAUCAUCCAUCUUCACAAUCACCUCUAUCCAACAUCUUCACACUUCCCCCCAACCAACUCAACCACCCCAAACCACAAAAAUGCAGUUCGUAGCAGCCCUCACCGUCUUCCUCACUACGGCCCUCGCCGCCCCUUCACCCCUCGCUCCCUCCCCCGAGGUCGCAGCUCUCCCCCCAAUGGCUCCAGAAGCACUCGCUCGCUUCAGCGCCAAGCAAGUGACUUCCGCCAACAUCUCUUCCGAGGCCGUCGCCGUCGUUGGCAAGCGUGCCAUUACGCAUUUGUACUAUUGCCAGAAUGCAGGCUUCGUGCAACCAUGUGACAACUUUGAAGCCCGAACUGGAACUUGUUGUAAGUAUCAAAUUCCGAUUGUGAUGGGGAAGAGAGGAGGAUGAAGAAGAGAGCAUGAAAGCUGAUUUUUGGACUGAAUAGAUAACUUCAUUAACGGAUGGAAUGAUGUUGUUUCCUCUGCCGGUCCUGAUGCUGGGACGACUUGCACUUUGUACUGGUAUGUCACUCUUCUCACUAUCCCAUUACCCUCCCCUUCUCUACCUCCCCACCUCUAUCUUCCUCAAACUAAUGAUCUUUACUUGUAGGGACUCCGGCUGCCGUGGUCGUAGCGUCUCCUUCGUCAACCCUGGAAUCUCCAACUUGGUCGAUGUUGGAUUCAACGACCAGGCCAGCUCUUGGAGAUGCUCUUAGACGACACCAUGGUGUUUACCCCCACUCUCUAAAAGGAUUACAAAGGGAACAUUGUGAUAGAGAAUAUAUGAUAGAUGGGUCGUAAGGUGAUGGAGGAGAGAGAUGACAUAUAUGCGAUGAAGUGGAGACUGUCAUUACUGCC